AUGCCGAAACCGCGAAAAUGGAAACCCCGCAAAAGAACGACCACGACGAGUGCGAUUUUCUUCGCUCUGACGUUUUUAACGCGCGUUUUCACCGUCGAAAUCAGCGCGAACGAGGAUGCGCUCGAUGGGAUUGAGAAUACAAUCGAUUUACUCGAGAAGCAGUUAAACGAGAUGACCGGCGAGCAAAAAUCAUCAAAGAAAGGAGUUCUUCUAGACGAUGGCACGACGGCAAACGCACGAGGAGGGACGGAACUCAUGUCAAAAGAACUACAAGAUCGCGUCCCGAAAGUCUUACUCGACCGAUGGCACGUGGUGAAGUCGCGCGUGCGAGAUUUAAGCGAGGACAAGAGAAAGCCGAACGCUUUAUGGUUUCACGAUUUGCCGAACGACGUGGAAAGCGCGCACCUGAAACAGCAGUGGUCGAGGGAGAGGUUUGAUUUGUUCGUAUUCGUGAGCGAGUGGCAAAGAAAGGCGUACGAGUCGGUGUUCGGGGACGUGUUCAAGGAGAAGGCGGUGGUGCUGCGGAAUGCGAUCGAACCUUUCGCUCGAUCGAGGAGAACGGAGAGCGACGGAACGACGAUCCGGUUGAUCUAUCACACGACGCCGCAUCGAGGACUCGGGUUGCUCGUGCGGGCGUUUGUGCGGGCGUACGAGGCGCGAAAAGGUAAACUACGUUUGGACGUUUACUCGAGCUUUUCAAUUUACGGAUGGGGUCAUCGAGACGAGCCGUUUGAAGAACUGUUCGACGUCUGUCGCGAGCAUCCCGGGUGCGAGUAUCACGGCGCCGUGUCGAACGCAGAGGUGCGAGAAGCGCUCACGAAGGCGCACAUCUUCGCGUAUCCGUCAAUCUGGCAGGAGACGUCGUGUAUUGCCGCCAUCGAGGCGCUGAGUGCGGGCGUGCACGUCGUUACCUCGAAUCUUGGCGCGCUUCCAGAGACGCUCGGUACUUUCGCCACGAUGUACCAAUACGUCGAGGACGCGGAAGAACAUCUCGCCGCUUUUGAGCGAGCACUGAGCGAGGCGAUCGAUAGUUACUGGUCGCGAGAGAAGGUCUCCAUGCGGCGCACGCAACAGGUGUACGCGUCUCAAGUUUUCGGUUGGGGAAAUGCUGGAUUCGCCGGGCGCGCGGACGAUUGGGUCAGAGUCCUCGGCUCGGCGCACGAGCUGUUCAACGGCAAGAGAACGCUCGAACGACGGAAUUUCAACUCGGACUCGGAAUUUGCCGACGCACUCUUCGUCGCAGGUCGAGUGAAAGAAAAUCGUGGAGAUGUCCAUGGAGCGAUGGCGAAGUAUCGUCGGGCUCUCGAGCUCAACGAGCUCAACUCUUACGCGCUCGUUAGCCUAGGUGUCUUGGAAAUGACAUCGGGCGAUAAUACGGGCAAUCGCGAGAUGGCAAACCGCGGGGUCGAGUAUCUCGAGUUCGCCAUUGAUAACGCCGAGCGUCUGAGUCCGCCUCUCAAGCCGGAUUCUGCGGCGUAUUACGGAGCCGCCGUGCGUAGCGGGUAUUAUCGGGAAAUCCGUUAUCAGCACGCUCGCGCUGUCAAGAGUUUCGAUUUGGGACUGAACACGUCGCAAGCUGGAGAUAGCGACUGCUGGGACGUGUAUCGCGCCACCAUGGUGCCACACUUCCCGCUGAGCCCAGAGGAAGAGAGAGAGACGAUUCGAGGGUUCAACGCUAUGGUCGAUGCGCUUCUGGCCCGGGAUGACCUCUUUUGUCAACGCGAAAACGCACUGGCCAACGCAUUCUCCGUCGCGUAUUACUACACCGAGUGCGAUUACAAGGAAGAAUACUCCAAAUGGGUUCGGUUGAAGGCAACGUUGAACAAGAACUUGGAGUACUUUUCUCCGCGACUCGCGUACGAGCGCGACGACAGGUACUUAACGAGCCGGGAAAGCAAAGCGAGUUUGAAACGUCUCAAAAGCCGCAAGAUUAAAUUGGGGGUCGUCUCUUCUUUCUUCACGCCCGACUCGAGCAUCUGGGGGAACUUCGGAUACGUCGUCCGCGGCCUGCAACAAGACAAGCGCUUUGAAGUUGAUUUUGUUUACUUCCCGCGAAACCCAAUCACAAAGGAGGACAAGCUAUUGUCUCUGCAUCCCGAGUCUAACAUUUACCUGGAGGCACAUCAAAUGGGUCAAUCGGUGUUGGAUGCGAACCGAAAAAAGAUUGAGGCGCGAAAGUUUGAUGUUCUGCUCUAUCUUGACCUGCACAUGACGGGUGAGAUGCACGAUUACGCCAUGGCAAAGCUCGCGCCCGUGCAGAUCACCACGCACGGACAUCCGGUGACAUCGGGCAUUCCUGAGCUCAUCAUGGAUUACUUCCUAUCUUGGGAUCUCGCCGAACUUCCCGACAAGUUGCGGGCGCAGACUUUCUACACCGAGAAAUUGCUGUUGAUAAACAGUAACAAGCAAGCGUGGGAGUACUUUGUGCCGAGGACGAAGGAUGAGGUUUCCGUAAUCAAGGGUCACGCUCCGUUCUCGCAUUUCACUCGAGAAAACAUCGACUUCAUCCCCGAUGAAGGAAUGAGAAAGCUCUCAGUCGAAAGCGCGACGUGGUACUUCUGCCCGCAAGCAGCGUUCAAGUAUCACGUCACGUUUGAUAGGAUACUGGGCGAAAUACAGAAGCGCGAUUCGAGCGCCGUCAUCAUCCUGAUGCAGCUCACGUCUGACACCUUCGAAGAUUUACACUUCAAGGUAAUCAAGAGACUUUCGACGCACGGCGGAGUCGAUCUCAGCCGCGUCGUGUUCGUUCCACGUAUGCAGCACUAUCAGCUGAUGGCGAUGUACAAGUUAUCGGACGUCGUCCUCGACAGCGUGUAUUUCGGAGGAGACACCACGACGCGCGAGGCCUUUGAGGUCGGAUCACCGGUCGUCACGCUUCCCGGUAAGACGAUCGGACAACGAUGGACGCAAGCAUACUACAAAGUCAUGGGCAUCCUCGAUUACGUCGUCGACACGGCGGAUGAAUACGUUUCUGUGGCGACAAAGUUCGCCAACGCCGACGGCGAAACGAAGCUGCGAGCUCGCGAACGCAUCAAGACCGCGUACCACGAAAAGCUCGUCGCCAACCCCGAGGCACCGAAACUAUGGGGCGACGCGAUAUUUCGCGCCGCCACCGCGCCGACGAGAUGGCAUUGGCACGAUCAGGUGGGAACGAACGCAAAAAAGCGAACGCGCGAUGAAUUUUAG